UUCUGGUUAGCUAUUGUAUAUGUUUCGCCUCGUUCCGGUUGUGACGUUUGGGACGUUUUGUGGCAGCUGCAAAUUAUUUAUUUUUUAAUUCCACAGCGACUAGUCUACACGUCAACCAUUUGCAGUUCCACGCUAUAGUUUUUUAUGUGCCGUCGCAAUAAUAACUGACAACCGAUGGCGCCCGGAACGAGUACCGAUGCCGAACCGCUGAGCAUUCCACGCGAGUUUGGUAUCAAACGCGAAAACAGCGAAGCUCCGGAACAAGACGAAAAGAAAUUCAAGGCGCCUCCCAUCGUCGAGGAACCCAUUGUCAAACCCACCGUGCGAUGUAAAUAUUGUUACAAAACCCAAACUGAAAGCGCAAUCAUGCCGCCUAACGCUGAACCGGAGUGCAUUGUGUUGACCAACGAUACGUUGGCCAAUAUUUACACGGACAAUUUCGAUUUCAUUCAGCACAAUCUCACUGAUUUUAGUAUAUACGACGAAAACGGACACAUGUGUUCUAUCGACACGGGUAUGAUGGAAAGGAACAUGGCGCUGUAUUUAACAGGUUAUGUGAAACCUGUUUACGAUCAUAGUCCGAGUAUCGAAGAGGGGAUCCCCGCCAAAGAACUGGGCCCAAUACUGGAAUGGUGGCUCUCUUCAUACGACGGCGGCGACAAAGCUCUGAUCGGCGUAUCUACCGACUAUGCUGAUUAUUUACUAAUCGAACCACACCCUAAAUAUAAAAAGUAUAUGACGUCUGUCACUGAAAAAAUACAUUUAAGCAAGCUUGUUAUUGAGAGCAUAUUAAAUAAUAGUGAAUCGGACGAUCCAACCUAUGAAGAUAUUUUAAAUUGCAUUGUUAAUUCUGUUAAUCCAGCAACAGGAAAUAAUUUUACUGAAGAAGACCUUAUUGCUCAUGCUCAAUUUGUUCUUGAUCAAGUGACCGAAUACGAUUCAAACGAUACGUAUUACUUACCUUUAGCUGAAACUCAGUGUAUCGACACAUUAACUCAGCUUUCUGGUGCAGCGAAGCCUGUUAAAGCGCCGUCUAGAAGAUUAGAAAGAGGUGGACAUCGAACUCGAGGUGUUAAAACAGAUGUUGCCAAGCGAGAAUUUAGUAAAGCAACGACUACUGAAUUAGUAAAAGAAGUAUUUGAAAAUAUGUUUGCUGCCCAAUUGGACGGUGAAGAUAAAGAGAACGAUGCCACAGUAAACUGCAAUAAACUGAUAAAAAAUGUAAUCGAAGACGCUUGUAAUGUAAAAAUUAAAACAGAUGAAGAAUCUGACGUUGAUGAUAUUAACAACAGCCAAGUGAUGUGGAAAAAUAAAAAACUUCGUGAAAUGAUGUUUGUAGUUGUAAAAAAUACUGAUUUAGCAGUGCCGCUUAUUGGGCGCAUUGAAUAUUUCUACAAAACAAACUUUAAAGAUAAGGCACACAUUAGCUUAUUUAUGCAUAGUUAUGAAACGGUAUUAGGUGAAACAUCAGAUCCGCAUGAAAUUUUCGCUUUAAAAAAAUGUAAAAAUAUUGAAAUAAAUAAUAUUGACAGCAUACUUAAUGUUCAUCAAAAACUUCCUAGUGAUAAUUGGUUUAAACUCGGUGGUUCAAAAUUAGAAGAUCUUAUGGAGCCAGUUAAUCGCAAUGACAAACAAUCAUUUUUCUAUCAAUUGUGUUACGACAAUGAACUAGGACGUUUCGAAUAUCCAGGUUGUUAUUUGAAUAUUGAAGAAAUGAAACUAAGCGAAAACUAUUGUCGUAAUUGUGACAACGAAAAGGUAGAAAAAAAAUCACAAAUGCCAGUACUUCUCGAAUUUAUUGAACAAGAUAGUAAAAUACUGUAUUAUUAUAAAAUUAAGUAUAAACGCGAAGAAUAUAAAAUAGGAAAUUUUAUUUAUUUAGAGCCUGAUAUUUUUUUAAAAGCCAAAAGAGCAAAUUUUGUUGAUAAAAAGCGAUUUGUGCAUAGGGAUUCAAAUAAGAAUAAAAGUCCUCAAGGACUUAGAAAAGUCGACGAAGACGAAUACCCAGAGUAUUAUCGUAAAACUCUAGAAAACACUAUGCGCGGUUCAAACGAAAACACUCCCGAUCCAUUUGAAAUAGCUGAAAUAUUAGCCAUUUACACUUUAGACAACGAUAAGAAAAAUGCUAGACUUAUUGUACGGCGUAUGUACCGAUCUGAAAAAAUACCCAUAGAAGACUUUGCCAAAAAUACCGACAUGAACUUGUUACUUUGGUCAGAGGAAGAAUUCAGAGUGACACAUGAAAACAUAUGUGGGAAAUGUUAUGUGGCCUACAUCAAUAAUAUUCAAGAGCCUCUCACUUGGACAGCAAAGGGACCGGAUCGUUUUUAUUUUAAGAACAAGUAUGAUUUUUUGACUGACACUGUUGUUCCAGAUCACGAGCUGCCCUGCUCGGCAAGACUUACUGGCAAAGAAGUUUACGUGAACUACAAUUAUAAAUAUGUAGACGAAGACAAAAUACAAUAUAUUCCUAGUUAUCCAAAAGUCGAACCCUUGAGGGGCUUGGAUAUAUUUGCUGGCUGUGGUGGUUUGUCGAGAGGCUUAGAAGACAGUGGAUUGGUUAAAAGCAAUUGGGCUAUCGAGUGUGACGAUAAGGCAGCGGCCGCAUUCGGAUUAAACAAUCCUGAAUCGACAGUAUUUGUUGAAGACUGCAACUAUCUCUUGAAACAAGCUAUGGCUGGUAAUUUGACUAACGAAAAAAACCAAAGAAUACCACAAAGAGGUGAAGUAGACUUCAUUUGCGGCGGGCCUCCAUGCCAAGGAUUUAGCGGUAUGAAUCGUUUUAACUCUGGUCAGUAUUCAUUGUUUAAAAAUUCUCUGAUCGUAUCGUUUCUCUCGUAUAUUGAUUUUUAUCGUCCAAAAUUUUUUGUUAUGGAGAACGUUAGAAAUUUUGUAUCAUUUAAGAGAAGCAUGGUGCUCAAACUGACGCUCAGGUGCAUCACUCGAAUGGGUUACCAGUGUACGUUUGGCAUUCUUCAAGCGGGUAAUUUUGGAGUUCCCCAAACUAGGAGACGAUUGAUUAUAUUAGCCGCAGCGCCGGGUGAAAAACUACCACUUUAUCCAGAACCCAAACACGUAUUUAAUCGUAGAGGUUCGAGUUUGAGUAUUCAAAUUGGUGAUCAUAAAUUUAGAACUAAUUGUAAGUACGAUGAAUCGGCCCCUAUGAGAACAGUAACAGUUUAUGAUGCAUGGUCUGAUUUGCCCGAAAUAAAUAACGGUGCAUUCAAUGAGCGUAUCACAUAUAAAUCCCGACCGCUUACACAUAUGCAAAAACUACUCAGGUUUCCAAACCAUCGUUUUAGCGAAUCUGUACUGAUCGAUCACAUUUGUAAAGACAUGUCUCCUCUUGUUCAAGCUAGAAUGGAACUCAUACCGCUCGGUGAAGGCAGUGAUUGGAGAGACUUGCCCAAUAUAGAAGUAAAGUUAUCGGACGGAACAAUGACGACCAAACUUCUUUACACGCACAACGACAUUAAAAACGGAAAAGGCAAAAAUGGCGCAUUGCGAGGAGUUUGUCCGUGUGCUAGCGGAGACAAAUGUAACCCGCAAGAUCGUCAAAAUAAUACAAUCAUUCCGUGGUGCUUACCCCAUACCGGUAAUAGACAUAAUAACUGGGCUGGACUGUAUGGUCGUUUGGCUUGGACCGGGUUUUGUUCGACUACCAUAACUAAUCCCGAACCAAUGGGCAAACAGGGUAGAGUGUUACAUCCUGAACAACAUCGUGUCGUCAGCGUUCGAGAAUGUGCAAGGUCUCAGGGCUUUAAAGACUCGUACAUAUUUUAUGGACCUAUUGUGAACAAACAUAGGCAAAUCGGUAAUGCCGUUCCGCCACCAAUGGGCACAGCAAUCGGCUAUGAAAUAAUUAAAGCCAUGACUCAAAAACCCACUACUAAGGUAGUAACGUAUGUACGAAAAACGGAGAAGGAGGAACAUAUUGAGAUUGUAGUGAAAAAAUUGUAGUGAACUGGUGUAGCUGUAGCUGUUUCCUAUUGAAUAGAAAAUAGCUAAGACUUUUAAUUUUUGUAUGGUGAAUUAAAAAAAAUCAUAUGAAUUCUUCGCUAUGUGAUUAUUGUCUAAUACCGCUAUUAUAACUGUAUGCAAAUAAUUUUAUUUUUUAUAACCGUUCUUCAAUUUUAAAUUAUAACGUAUUUAUUAUGAACUCUAUUUAUAUAGAAAUGUAUUGUAUGUAUUAUGUAAGAAAAUUAUUUAACCUUAGCUGUUUUAGGCAAUCUAUAAAUUAUAACAUAAUUAUUUUUAUUUUAAUUUAAGGGUGGAUGAUAUUAUUAUCAUCCUUUUUUAUACAAUAAUAUGUAUAUACUUGAUUAAUGUUUUCUUUUUUCGAUAUAGUUUUAACUUUAGGAUUAUUUUUUAUUAGUUAUUUUAUGUUUAAUGUAUGCUCAAUUUAAUUGGUACAUCAUACAACUUGUAUCGUUUGCCAAUUCGUACUACUUUACAUAAUUUUAGUUUUUUAUUAAAUAUGUAUUACACAUAAAUAUACCAUUGUUUUAAUAUAUAUAUACCAUUCGUUUAUUGGUAAAUUAAUUAUAAAUUAAUGCAUUCAAUUACAGCUUUGCUUAUUGUUUAUUUUUAGAUUCCAUGUCAAUUCUGUUUAGAUUAUUUUUGUCAACAAUUGUAUGUACAUUUAGUAUUUGUAUUACUAUUAU